CACAUGGCGCGGUGUAUGAUAUAAAAGGCAAAGGAGAAGGAAAAAGCAAAGAAUAGAUUGAAUGAUUUGAAACAUUGAAAGUUGAAAGUGAGAUCGAAUCCGGUUCGGGGUUUUGGGAUGCGAUGUCGAAUCAUCAUCGUACUGCGAGUGGUGUUUCGUCUAAGAACGGUCUUCCAACCAAAGAACUCCUCGACGAUCUCUGCAGCCGGUUUGUGUUAAAUGUGCCGAAGGAAGACCUUCAAUCAUUCGAAAGGAUCUUGUUUCUUGUGGAGUAUGCACAUUGGUUUUAUGAAGAUAAUUCUGUUGAGAAUAACCCAUCUCUCAAGUCAUUAAAUCUCAAGGAGUUCACUUCUUUAAUGUUCAACAGUUGUGAUGUUUUAAAGCCUUAUGUGGCUCAUAUAGAUGAUAUAUUUAAGGACUUCACUUCGUACAAGGUUCGAGUCCCAGUAACUGGAGCAAUAAUUCUUGAUGAAACAUUUGAAAGGUGCUUGCUAGUGAAAGGAUGGAAAGGUUCAAGUUGGAGCUUCCCUCGUGGCAAAAAGAGCAAAGAUGAAGAAGAUCAUGCAUGUGCCAUUAGAGAAGUCAUGGAAGAAACAGGUUUUGAUGUCUCGAAACUUCUUAAAAAGGAAGAAUACCUUGAAAUUAUUUUUGGACAACAGAGAGUCCGACUUUACAUUAUUGCUGGUGUUAAAGAUGAUACUGCAUUUGCCCCACAAACCAAAAAGGAGAUCAGUGAAAUUUCGUGGCACCGGCUUGAUGACCUUCAACCAGCAAGUGAUGAAGUGAUAUCUCGUGGAAUCACUGGCCUCAAGCUUUAUAUGGUGUCCCCUUUUUUGGCAUCAUUGAAAUCAUGGAUUUCAUCACAUCCACCUCCUAUGGCUCCAAGGCCUGAUUUGCCCCUUAAAGGAAUUUGCGUGUGGAAAGCAAAGCACAGUUCUACAGGGAGUAGCUCAACAUUCAUGGAUAGCCAGCCCACAAAGCCUGAAAAUGAAUCUCAAAAUCUUGAUAUAGGGCCUGGCAGGAGCUUCAGGAAUUUCAGAUUUGAUACGGCAUCGAUCUUACAAGCCAUGGAAACAGCAUUUUCUUCUUGAAGGUCCAACAACAUUCCUGUAAAGUCCCUCCCUGUAACUGAAUUGGAUGCCACCAUUUUCACUUUUAUGUCAGAAGUCGGUAGUGAUGAAAUUAGGUAGCUGUACAUGAUGUUUCUCAGAUUAUAUCAGGUUGAGUAAUUUGUACAUUGUGUACAUGAAUCGUUUGUGGGCCUAAACAGUAUUCUCAAUUAGUUAGUGUGGAUUUAUCUGUUAAACUAGAAAGAUCAUUCUAAUAUAAAGGUUUAUAUUCCCCGA